UAUACUUGUUGCCAGUGUCACCUCAACAUUCGCAUCCUGCUUGCUGCAUCAUUUAAAAUGGCAGCUCCUAAAUAUACCCAAGAAGAACAAGAAAAAUUGAUACAAUUUCGUUUAAAUUUGUCCGAUCUUGACCUGACACCGCAUCAACUGGAAGACGAGUUUCUCAUAAAAUGGUUGCGAGCUCGGAGUCUGGACCUCGUCUUGGCAGAGAAAAUGCUGAGAGAUUCGAUCAAGUGGAGAAAAGAGUUUAAAGCAGAUACAAUUUUGGAGGAAGAAUUUCCUUAUGAAUUAGCCACGGCUGAGCCGAUGGCAUUCUGUGGUGUUUCCAAGGACGGUUUUGCUGCUAAUAUUCACCCGUUUGGAAGAUACGACUCGAAAGGUGUGGUUGAGAAGUAUGGUCCAGAUAUGCUGGAACGCUUCCAUGUUCAGAAAGGCGAGAGCGUUAUAAGGAUUAUGCGCAACGUGAGCGAGAAGAUUCAAGUUCCUGUGACCCAAACUAUCGAAAUCUUUGAUAUGGAAGGGUAUUCGUUUCGACAGUUCUGUUCUAAAGCUGCAAUCGAAUAUUUCAUGAGAGUGUGUCCCAAAAUGGAAUCAAACUAUCCAGAAAUGAUGCACUACGUCAUGGUGAUAAAUGCCCCCAGAUUUUUCAACGUCAUGUUCAGUAUUGUUAAGCCGUUCAUGAGUAAGGCCACUCUGGAUAAGAUGCAAGUUUUUGGAUGUGACAAAGAGAAGUGGAAGAAAGUUGUACGAGAGAGAUUUCCGGUAGAAAAUAUGCCACCCUACUGGGGCGGCACCUUGGAGGGAGUGGAUGCCUACUGCUCGGACAGCGACAUUUGGAUAAGGUCACCCAAACCAAAAGAUUUGAAGCGGAUGAUGGAGGAGGAAUUUAGAAUUGAAGCAUAGUUUUUGAACUGGAACCCCAUGCAGGGCAUACACACAUAUGUAUGCAUAUUAUGUAAAAUUUUACAUGAAAUUCCGUAUAUACUGUUUUUUGCGCAAUGUGAUAAAUUUAGAAAAAUAACUAAUUAUGUAGUGUGUUAUA